GUAAACGAGUCAGUACCUACUUAUUUAACGUAAGUACAUAAUAUACGUACGUUCGUCUAUGUAUGUAUGGCAUUAAUCAUAACAUGUACUAAUUAAGUCCAGAAACAAAAUGAAUUAAUUAAAUGGGUAAAGAGGAAAAUUUAUGUUAAAAACAUGUAUUAGUCAGUAAAUAAUGCAAUCGAACAGACGAGUGUUAUAGGAAGUAUGAUUUUUAUUGAAAAUAAAAAAAAUAUUGCAAAAUGUUUCGAACUGCAAUUAAAAAAAGGGAGGCAGAAAUGAUCAAACUGCUUAAUAGCCUUUCAAAUUGCACGCGUGAAGAAAAAGACCAGAGGAUUAAUUCCAUUCAACGGUUGUAUGCAUUAGAACUGUUCGACAUCAAACAAUAUACCUUAGCUAUGAAAGAAUUCAUUAAACUCAAGACAGACCCUGCUGACGUCAUCAAAUUAAUUCCUGAAUUGGAAUGUAAAAUAGGUGAUGAUAAAGAAAAAGUGAAGAAAGUGUCUGGUAAGGACCUUGAAAGCGCCUUAAAGGCCAUGAUAGUAUACUUGAAGGCGGUACAAAGUAAUUUAGGAAAAGACACCGGUCAAAAUGAAGCGACCAACGAAAGUCGGCAUCGAGAGCUGAUUGAAACUACACUGUUGAAGUGCUUCUUACAGGUGAAUUUUGAUGUUACAAAUCUAAUACAAACGAGUAACCACAUUUGUGUGGAUGAAGUAGACAAGAAACUGUUACAAUAUAAGAAAUACAGCGAAUUGGUCAUGUUGUAUCAAAAGUACGAACAGCACAUGAAAGCGCUUCAGCUGCUGAAAGAUCACGCGAAACAAACAGAUUCCAGCAUAGCUGGCUAUCAAAGAACGGUGAAUUAUUUGCAGCAACUUGGUGCUGAACACAUAAACUUAAUAUUCCAAUUCUCUGACUGGGUAUUGAAAGAUCAUCCCGAAGAAGGUUUGAAGAUAUUUACUGAAGAUAAAGUAGAAAUUGAGAAUUUGCCUCGUCCGAAGAUUUUCGACUUCCUGCAGGAAAAGCACGAGUCCCUUGUGAUCCCGUACCUGGAGCAUGUGAUCCACACGUGGAACGAUACGAACUCGUUGUUCCACGACGCACUCAUCAACAUGUACCGAGACAAGAUCACAGACAAGAAGGGGAACCUAACCGACACAGAGCUGCAGCACAUCAAGUCCAAACUUAUUGCGUUUCUGGAGAAAUCCGCGCAUUACACGCCCAAGGCAGUUCUUGCGCACUUUCCUGUUGAUAGCCUUUUCGAGGAAAGAGCCAUCAUUUAUGGAAAAUUAGGACGCCAUGAGCAGGCACUCGCUAUUUACGUACUUAUAUUAGGGGAUGUAGAUAAAGCAGUGCGCUACUGUGAAAAUUAUAGUACAAAUCUAAGAAACAAAGGCCAAGACGUUUAUGUCAUACUGAUGCGUUUCCUCAUUAACCCUGAAGAAGAGAGUGCGCGCGAAAGGGUCAGUAACCUCUUAGCCAAUGCGACGAGACACCCGAAGACCGCUGUUCCCAACAUAGAGAGGGCACUCGAUAUAUUGGAGGAUCAUGUUGAUGAAAUAUCAUCACCCUUGGGUGUCCUAUCUGUGUUGCCUGACUCGGUACCUCUGUGUCGUUUGAAGAAAAUAUUAGAGAAUAUUCUGGAGAGUCAGUUCGCUUUGGCCCGUCGGGUGCAGAUUGUUCAAGGGUUGUCACAGGCUGAACAUGAACAGAUAGAAGAUAUGAAGCAGUACUGCGUGUCACAGGGCUCGCUGGUCACAGACGGCGACGCAUGUCCUGUGUGUAAGAAGCACUUUGCUAACCAAACCGCCCUAGUCAGAUACCCUAACGGGGUUAUAACCCAUUUUCAUUGUAAACUUAGAUAAGUCACCUAGUUUAUAGAAAAGUAUGUAGUUACGAGUAUUGUCAUGUAACAAUGGUGUCGUAAAUUAAUUGUCUUGUACAAAUUGUUCACGUAACUGUUGGUUGAGGUAACUCGACUAAUUUCAAGCCACGCUUGGGGCCCAUAGCCAUAUAUAUCAUAAAUUUAAUGUCUCCCGAUAGUUUUAAUACGAUAGUGUAGUGUUAUG